ACCGUGGCUAUUUUCCAAAAAUCCAAAUUUGUCCAAAAUUAUAAAUUCUCGCUUUAUGUAAACAAAAAUAUUUACGUGUGUGUGUGUAAAAUUAAAUAGACAGUUCUACAUUCCUUUUUAGAACUGAUUCUGUUUGAAAUGAACUUUUAUGAAUAAUUUAAUUAGUAGGAUGUAGUUGUAUAUUUUCUAUUGCGUAUAGUUUUGAGUUAAGUACAUAUUAUGUUAAUAGUUCUUUACUAAAGCCUGCAAAGAUGUUGAAUGUUCAGGGUCUGCGGCGUAAUGUGAAAAAUGUUGUGAAAAACUAUUCUGAUGCUCAAGUGAAAGUGCGUGAAGCCACCUCCAAUGACCCAUGGGGUCCUUCAGGCACAUUAAUGGGAGAAAUUGCUGACUUAACUUAUAACGUGGUUGCCUUUACAGAAGUCAUGCAAGUUAUAUGGAAGAGAUUGAAUGACCAUGGAAAAAACUGGAAGCAUGUUUAUAAAGCAUUGGUUCUGUUGGAUUAUCUUAUUAAGACAGGAUCAGAGAAGGUAGCCCACCAGUGCCGUGAGAACUUAUUUGCCAUAGAGACUUUGCGUGAUUUCCAACAUACAGAGGAGGGGAAGGACCAAGGAGUAAAUGUAAGAGAGAAAGCCAAACAGCUUGUGGCCUUAUUGAAGGAUGAAGAAAGACUCCGCCAAGAGAGGGCAAGAGCACUUAAAGCCAGGGAACGCUUUGCGCGCUCAACUUCAAGUAGCAGACAUUUUGGAUCAUCUGAAUUCAGUCCUAGUUCUUGUGAUGAAGAUAUGCCUUCACCUUCUCCUUUUGCCAUCCUAUCUGAUUUGGAGCAAGCACGACCUCAGACUGCUGGAGAAGAGGAGCUGCAACUCCAGUUGGCUCUUGCUAUGAGCAAAGAGGAAGCAGAGCAAGCAGAACGACUGCGCAGGAAUGAUGAUUUACGCCUGCAGAUGGCACUUACUCGCAGCGAAGAGGAAGCAAAAUGCCCUUCCACCUCUUCUUCUACUCCACAGUUGGCUUCUGCAGUGGAAGAUCUGCUAGGAAUCGAUCUACAGCCACAACAGCAAUUUCAACCAAAUCCCUGGGGUUCCUCGGAUGGCAACAGUUCAAAUGUAUGGAACCAUUCCUUGCCUGAGCAGAAUAUAAAUUUAGUGCAAAAUGAUCCUUGGAGUCCAGCAUCAGAUGGCAAUUUCCUAUCUCCUGACGAGUACAAUCGACCUUUUGAGCAGACAAGCAUGCGAAAGUCUGCCUCAGCUGAAGCAUGUGCUGCACCAUCUCUGGAUGCAUUCUUGGGUCAGCAGUCCAGCCUUAUUUCUCUAGAUGCUCCACGUUCCAGGAACACAGGGAACCCCUUCCAUGCUGUGAAGCCCGUCCCCCUUACCAUCAAUGAGAUGAGGGCUCAGACCAAUCCGAAUGUGACAUCUCAGAAUCCUUUUUUGUGAUUAAACAAUGACAUAUGUAAGGUAGUUUUUAUAAAGGCAGUUUGAUUGAUUUUCAUUGAUCGUUGAAUUUUUUUGUUGUUGUAUGCAAAAUUUGUCUCCACAAUUUAAGACAGAACAAGUUAGAAUUUUUGCAAUUAUUUUAGAGAGUAGAUUUUAUAUUUAUAUAUAUACAUAAAUAUAUGCUGAUUGUAAGGUUCUUUUUUAAUAGAAUAUGAAGACAUUUUACAAAAGGUUAUUUUUUAGUAAGUGGCUGCUUUUAAGUUCAAUCUAAAAAAUAAAGAAGAUUAUUUGAUUAAAAACAUGGUUUUAUUAUUAUUAUAACUAUUACUUGAUGGCAAUAUUUUUUCAUAUUAAUUUUAAUUGUUUCAACAAAAUUCAUAAAAAUAUUUAACAUAUUAUUCCUAAGUUGCAUCCAAACUCUACAUAAAAACAUUUGCUCACAUUUGUAUAAUCCAUAGUUAUAUACAUCUGUUAGUAUUUUCUUUGAAAGAAUUUGUUUUUAUUUCUGCAAUAGUAAUUAAAUAUUGAUUUUUUGAAGAGAAAUGAUGGCAUAAUUCCAAUUUAGAGAUAUUCUUUUUUGAACUUAAAACUGGAGACUAUUGAUUAUUGGAUAAGUGUAAUAAUAUUGAAUGUUCUUACUGUAUUUUUUUUUUUUGUGAUGUCCUUAGUUACUUCUGAUGAAUUAUUUUAAGUUAUUAUUUGUAAAUGUUUUUUUUAUUAUUAUUUUUAUUUUAGAAUUGUUAUUUUUUGAAGCAGUUUUCUUUUUUUGAAUGAUUUACAAAAAAAAAAUUGAUUCAAACUAAUAGGAAUUACAUUUUUAAUCAAUGAAUAAUGCUGUUAAACCAGACUGUAUUUAUUAACUUUGAAGCAUCUGUUUAAAAUUUGUUUUUAUUGUAAAAAUAACUACCUAGAGUUAUAAAUAAAUUUCAAGUUAAUCUGUUUUGUAUGUUAGUGAACCACUUAUUCAAGCUUAUACUGUUAAAUUUUGCUGCAAUUUUUUAAAACAAUUAUUAUUAUUCAUUAGAUCGUUCAGAUGUAUUUUUGUAUGUUUCUUUCCAGAAACCAAUAUAUUUGGGACCAAAUAAAAAUUAUUAAAUUAUUUUUUUUCUUUUUAUUUGGUUUUUAUUUGAUUCAUUUCUUAAAAAGAGAAAUGAAAAUUCUAUUCUUUUCUGAUUGGAAUGUACUUAAUGAAUUUUUUAACAAGAUGGAAGAAUUGCUGUAUUUAAUAUAAAACAGUAGCAUGUUUCAUAUUGUUGUGUUCUACAAACGAAAAUUAUAUACUGAUGUAUUUCCGAAGGCUUUUUAUUGCUUAGAAGAAGUGGUUUAAGCAAAUUUUUUUCCAUUUUCUUAUUUUUUCUUUUUCAAUUAUAUUUGUUUUGUAAAGAUGGAUACUUAGAACUUUUUUUAAUUGAUUGUGGCACAUAGAUGUUAACUUGUUCUUGGACUAGAGCUGAAUUGAACCAUAUUAUAGGAUGAAAAAAAAAAUUGAUUUCGGGUUUCAUUUUUAUAGUUUCUGGUUAUCUAUGAAGUAGCUUUUCUUCGGAAAUGAAUCUACUCAAACUAUGUCUGAGGAUGGUCUUCAAUCACUGGUAACAAUACAAAAUAAAAAAUAGUUUAUGUAGCAGUAUGCUAUUUUUGUUACUAAUUUCAAUUUUCACAAAUUAUUUGUAUUUUUUUAAAUUCAUACAAUUUAUUAAUUGAUCAUUAGAUUUAACAGAAUAAAUCUAAACUUUAUUCAAGAUAACAAAAUGUUCAUAUUACCCCUUUUUUUUUAAUUUGCAUUUUUAUGUGGCUUUAAUUUUUAAGUAUGUUGUGUGGGUGGGGAAAGAAUGACCUAGCAUAUGUUGCAUAAAUCACUGAUUAUGUUUCCUACCUAAUCAAGUGACAAUAGAUCAUUCUUAGAAGAGAAGAAAAAAGUAUUAAUUCAUUCAGAAUCGUUUGCACAUAAGCAAUAACCUCUCAUAUAUUGAAGACAUAAUCGAGCCAGAAAAGAAAAUUGAAACAAUAAAGGGAACACGUGUAUUUGUGAAGCACAAUGCAUUUUUAGAAUCAAUUUUGGUGUGAAUAACUUCUUAUCAAAAUGCUUUGACAACAAUAGAAAUAAUUUUUAUUCCUAUAUUUUCUUCAAGGAUUUCCUUGCAUUGUGUAAUGUAUGCCGCUAUAUUCCCAUUUAGCUUAAAUAACUAUGAUUGAUUUAAUUGAAUUAUAGCCUUGUUUAUAAAUAAACAUUCAGUUGUUUCAAAGGUAUUUGAAAGUUUUCCAUCUAAACCAUAAACGGACAAUGGAAUGCUGAACAGUAAUUGCUUUUUUGUUAGUAGCAUAAUAUUUCAGAAGUAUGAAACUCAGACCUACAUUUUUUAUGUAGUUAAUUUGUCUACUGCUGUUUAAAACUUCAAAUCUAUCAAUGCAAUGUAAGUAAUCAUCUUAGAAUCACCCUUUUUGUAAAUGCCUGCAAAUGUAUUAACAUUUCAAUACACCUAAUCAAAUUUGUCUUUUAUUUCCUAUAUACCAUCAAGAUUUUCUGUAUAAAUAGUUAAUGGGGUGAAAAUUAGAACAACUAAAACGUUUUUGUAUAUAAUAAAUUUUGUAUAUAAUAAACGUUUUGUAUAUUUUGUAUUAUUUUAAUAUAAUCUUAUUAUCUACUACUUUUAAACAAAAUAUAAAAAAAGGUACGAAUUGUUAUUAAAUGAGACCACAAUAACAUUUUUUUAACAUAUAAAGAAUUUAGAAGCUGGCUAGGGGGGAGGGAGAUGAUUGCUACCCUUCAUGUCAUUAAUCAUAAUUUUUUCAUAAAUUUAUAUUGUUAUUGAGUUUUUUUUCUCAAGCAUUUAUUAGUAUAAAACAUUGGAAAUAACUAGGAAUCUUUUGUUUUUCUAAGACAUUCAUAACAGUUUUAUUUUAAAACAUUUUUAACUUGCUUUUUCAGUUGUUGAAGUGAGAAGCAAAUAUAGUUUGACAUAAAUUUUUUUUAAAGCUCCUAUUAUGCAUUUUUUGUAAACUUAAAUUUUUUUUCGUUUUGUAUAGAGUUUAGUUUAUUUUGAUAUAUUUAUUUUAAAUGUUAUAUGAACUGUUUUGCAACGAAUUCGAAUAGUUUCAUGUUUUUGUAGAAUAUGGACUAAUUGUUAUUAUAUGCAUGUUUGUUCAACAAUGAAUGUUUAUUUAUGGAUAUAUGAAUGAAUUCUUCACUUCUAGAAGUUUUUAUCUAAACAAAUAAAACUUUCUUUUUGACAUAAUAUGAGGCAAUUCCAUUUGGUGUGUCUGGAAGCCAGUUUGAACAUUCCUUUUUUUCAAAACUUUGGGUUAGUAAAAAUUAUACAAGUAUUAUUAACACCAAACAUUUAGAAAGGAAGCUUUAAAUGAUUAUUUGAAGUACCAUUUUAUUUGCCCUCCUCUUCUUCGUAAACUCUCUCUAGGAUUAAAAGGCUGGUAUGGAAUGAGAAUUAAGAGAAAAGCUUUCCAUCUCGUACAUCGUAAUUUGUUAUCGAUCACAGCUCAAGAUUUAUGAAGUUUGUCUCGAAAAACAUUUUUUGUUACCUCUAAAUGCAAUAUAUUUAAAUUAAAUAAACUAAUAGAUGAAAAUUCUGUUUCUGAAAAUAUUGCUUCUGACUCAUAAAUGCAUUUAUGAAGAAACUUUUACCUAUUAAUUUCAAUAAAAAUUUAUUAUGUUUUAAAGAAAAACACUUUUUUGUUCUAAACAUUUUAAUGAAAGAAUUGUAUUGUUUUAAUAAUGUAAUUAUAUUUUUGGAUUGCAUAAGUCUUACAAUUUCAUGUGUUUAAAGAAAUUUCCAAAGGCCUUUAUCCAGUGCAUGCCAAAUAUCUGUAAUUACCUUUGUAUGUGCAAUGCAUUCCGUCUCUCAUAGUGCUGUAGUUGUUAAACUUAGUCAAUAAAUUUUAUAGAAUGAAAUUA